AUGAAGGUGCAAAUUGAGCACGUAUCACUGAGCUUUAUCAAGGAGAUCAACAACAAUAUAUGCUCGUUGCAGGUGCAGAAUAAUGUGAUGUGUUUUGCGCUCGAGAGUGGGCAGCUCUUCCUUAUAAACCUCGCCGAGCCGUCGAAUGUAGUGGAAUUCAGGGUGUCCCUUCUGAAUCUGAAUCAGGAAAAGGUUGUGCAGCUGUGGAUGAACACACAGGGCACACGGGCGCUCAUUAAGACCAAUUUCUCGAAGUACUUCGUGUGCAACGUCGGGCAGCUGUUAGAAGGGGGGGCGAACGAUCGGCGGAACCCUGUGUGCGCGACGCUCAAGAAGCUGAACCGCAAAGAGUGCGAUAUCGUGAGUGUUGAUUGGAGCUUUAGCGAGCUUGAACUACUGGUGGGUACACGUCAGGGGAAACUGUACUACUUGGACCUUCGGCAUGGUGAGCCGGCGCCGGUGCGUAUCUACAUGAGCCAAACACCAAUCGAGGGGAUAAAAUGGUCGCAUGAGAAUGGGGCCAUGGCGGUAUCUGGUAGCACAAUCCAAUACUGGGAGUCUGUUCCCGGGCAAACUGCGGCCGCGUUCACGCGCAUGCCGCCGAAAGAAUCGGAGGAGUUUGAACCUCUCAAAAAGACGUCCGGUACAAGGUUUACAGCCCAUAAUAGUACAUUUGCAUGGGUGACACAAGCUGGAAUUGUGUUCGGGAAUACGAAGACCUCGCCGGUUCUUUCAUCGGCCAAGUUAUUACUGAAUAUCGAGCUACCCCCGUCGAACAGCCAUAUCAAGGACAUCAAACUCACGGAUUACCAUCUGAUACUUCUACGUGGGUCUGAAGUGAUUGUUAUCAAUCAGCUGAACAACAAUAUUGUCUUUCAGGAAGUUAUUUUCAGUAAGGAGAACGAACGGAUGCUGGCAUUGUGCGCUGACUAUUCGCAGAGCCCCCCAACGUUCUGGUGCCACUCGACGGAGAACGUAUAUGAAUUGGUGGUUGAGAAUGAAACAGAGGGGAUAUGGCAGCUCCUGUGCGCUAACGGCCAGUUUAUGGCUGCUUUGAAUCUAAAAGGUUUAUCGGAGCCCGAAACCGAUUUUAUAAGAGAGCAAUACGCUAAUAAACUCUACAAUGAAGGGAAAUGGCUCGAAGCCGCCAAAGAAUAUGGUACAUCGGGACAGGGCUCCUCAAUUGGUUCUAUCGCAUUGAAGUUUAUGGAGUUUGAUGAUCUUAUUCAUUUGCAAACCUUUUUGAUGGAAAAGCUGAAGUCCAUACUUCAGAAGGCAAACAAGAUACAGGUAUUUAUCAUGACGUCGUGGAUUAUAUGGAAUUUCAUGAACCAGCUGAAUCGAGCGGAAGAAAUCAUAGCUGAGGAGGCCACUGAUACGAACUUGGACGAGUUGAAAAAUGCAAAGGCUAAGCUAGAGUCCCAAUUCCAGGAGUUCGUUCGGACACAUGUAGAAUAUUUGGAUAGAGAUACAGUGUACCAGAUUGUUUCGCAACAGAACAGAAAAGCUGAGUUACUUUUUUAUGCGAAUAUUAUUGAGGACUAUCGAUACGUGUUGUGCUACUGGAUACGUUCCGACAAUUGGUACGAGUCACUAAAGAUACUUGUUACGUUAAAGGACCCGGAAUGCGUGUAUCAGUACGCUACUGUGUUGUUAAUAAACGCACCGGAUGCCACUGUCAACACUUGGGUACAGAUUCCCAAUGUUGACCCGGUAAAGCUGGUUCCUUCCAUGCUCACUUACUUCAGCCACUAUCAGGAUCAACAACGGUUUUCACACCGUAUGCUGCCUAACUACGCGCUCACCUACCUGAAGUUCUGCAUCAAAGAAUAUAACUGCCAGGAGAGCCUCAUUCACAAUACUGCGAUUUACAUGCUACUGGUCUCUAUAGCCGAGGACGACGUCGACGGCGAACAUGACGUUAUCAAGUUCAUGAAUGACCACGCCACGCGGUUUGAUCCUAAUUUCAUCCUGCGUCUUGCCUUAAAACUGCGUCGGUAUUCAGUGGCUAUCCACCUCUAUUCCCAGUUAAAAUUGUACGACAAUGCAGUCGACCUGGCGCUCUCGAAAGACAUGUUGAGCUCUGCAAAGGUUAUUGUGGGCUCCUUGGAGACUGAGGACACAUACAUGCUGAAGAGGCUGUGGCUAAAAAUUGCUCGGGUGACCAUCUACGAAGAUACUGAUGUCCGGCAGUCUAUUCGAUCCAUCAUCCAGGAUGCCAACGGUGUCCUGACCAUCAAGGACUUGCUACCUCUCGUGAGCAAAGUGGCCACCAUCGCAAAUCUGAAGGAGGAACUCGUGCGCAGCCUCGAGAACCACCAGAUGUCCAUGUCGCACAUCUUCCAGGAAAUCAGCGACUCUAUUAAAAUUAAGCGCGAGAUCAGACAAGACAUCGAACUCUUCAAUAAGCGCCGACAAGCACUUCAGCCUGGCGCCGGUUGCGACUCGUGUCGCGAAGUCCUCCAGACAAGAAAGUUUUUCGUCUUCCCGUGCGGACACAACUUCCACACGGACUGCAUGAUAAAGGAGAUCAUACAGUCCAACGACUUUAAUCUGCGCAGCCAGAUCGAGUCUUUCCAGCGCAAGCUCGCCCGGAAGCAGCCAGUUGAUGCCGACAAGUUAGACCACCUACUGUCCACCAAGUGCUGCCUCUGCAGUGACCUGAAGAUCAACACCAUCGAUGAGCCUCUCCCAGACUUGGCCGCUGACACCUCUGGCGACUGGGACCUGUGA